AUGGGAUAUAUUAUGGUACAACACUUGGUAAAGGAAACGAAACACCGCAUCAGUAUGCUUGAUCUGCCGUAUGAGGAAGAGUAUCGUGCACAGCUGAUGCAUCUUGGCUGCAAGGAAAAGGAUAUCGUGAAGGAAGCUUUCUUACGCCAGGAAUGGAAUAUGGGCAGUGCAAGGGUACUGAGUUUGCUGCAGGAAGCCAAUAUUCUAUCAGCCAGUGAAUUUCUGCUAAGUCUAGAUGCGAUCGAGCUAAUACAACAGAUCAUGAACGAUCUUUUGGAGACGGAAUAUAGCCUGCUGGCUCACAUCAUCCGAUAUGCUUAUCAAGACAAUGUUCAGUCACACUCGCUUACCAACAUUCUGAAGGAAAGCUUCCGUGCAUUGCUGAACGAUUUAAUGGAAAAUCCUAACGUAAUCCCGCACAAUUAUUUAUCCGCUCUGAAGACACAUCUGCUUCCCUCCGAGAUGAAAAUGCUUAUAGACGAACACUUAAAGUUGCUACUGCUACAGCAUCAGCCAGUGGAUUACAACCUGUCCACCUUGGAUGAAGCCCUCGGGAUGCAGGUACAAUGGCGUGACGAACUACAAGCUCUUCGUGAAACGGUUAUGGUCUGUCUACUUCGAGAACUGAUUGAAGAUAGAGCAAACUUGAUAGAUUUGUUAACCGAUUGCAUCAGCAAAUCUUGCCCAUUUUCGCUUAAAUACUCACUCUACCUGUUGCACCUGUUGGCGGAGACGGCCGUGGUGUUUGCGGACAGGGCGGAAGAUAAAUUGUUGAAAACGUUCUUAAAAGAUCUGUUUCGCUCGGUAGUAGAAACAGAAUCGGCAAGAGUGCUCAAGCUAUUGCUACUCUUUGCCCGUGAAAUUACUGCCGCCAAUGAGACCGUGCUGGGGACGUAUGCCGCCUGGUACAAGCAAACGAUCGGUGAAAUGACGUACAGUGUGAAGAAACAGCAGUUCAUCAGCACGAUGGAGCUGUUGACUGCAAUGCUUCCAGCGGAACGCAACCUGGAGGUGCUGCACGUCCAUGCAACCAUUGCCAUUUCUGCUCCGGCCAAGUGUAAUGAACACGUGCUGAACUAUAAGCAGCUGUGUCGGGCACACAUUGCCCAGCUGAAAAUAGCCGACCGUGGCAGUGAUGAUGAUACUACGAUCGUACUGGACGAAUAA